GAAGAAGACUUGAUUCUCAUAAAUUACAUUUCUAAUCAUGGUGAAGGUGUUUGGAACUCUCUAGCUCGAUCUGCUGGUCUGAAACGAACGGGGAAGAGUUGUCGGCUCCGGUGGCUGAACUACCUCCGACCAGACGUCCGGCGGGGAAAUAUAUCGCCGGAAGAACAACUUUUGAUUAUGGAACUGCAUGCAAAGUGGGGAAAUAGGUGGGCGCAAAGUCAAAUUUUAAGGUGGUCGAAAAUAGCGAAACACUUGCCGGGAAGAACAGAUAAUGAGAUAAAGAAUUUCUGGAGGACUAGGAUCCAGAAGCACAUGAAGCACCAGCAGGACGGCGCCGCCGAAGAAGACCAGUGUAUGAUGAUGACGGAAGCCGGAGCGCCGCACCAACCGCCGCCGCAGCAAAGCUUCUCCUGCUACGACCACCAGCUGCGGCCGCAGAACAACAAUGACGAUACUGCAUGUACAAGCCAAGCUUCUGCGGGUACCAGCAGCUGCUGCAUGGAGUACUCCCCGAUGUCCUACACCGCCGCCGCCGCCAGCUGCUGUAGCAGCAUGGAUGCCGCCGCCGCCACUGCCUUCCAGCACGGAACAUUCCCCACCGAAUCCAACGACAACAUGUGGAGCAUGGAAGACCUGUGGAACAUGCAGCUCCUUAAUGGAGAUUAGUUAAUUAAUUUACUUCAUUCGGAUUAUAAUAUUAAUUGCAUGAAGCAUGGACAUUGAUCAUAAAGCCAUAAACCCUAGCUUAGCUUAGCUUAGCUAGCUAGCAUAUAUAUUCCGCCGUCCUAGUCUGUAUGCUAUGUACGUACGCAGUGGAGCUGUGGAGAAUCAGAAGACAGAAAAAGGACUCGGUCGAAACUUAACCUAAUACACAAUAAAAAUAAUGAUGGAUCGUUUUUUAGUAAUACUCUAGUUAAAUGUUUCACAUGUGGUUUAGAUAAAUUGUAGUUAUAGUGAGACUAAUAGAGUUAAGAUAUGAUGUGUGUGUGUGAUCAUAGACAUUAUAAUUAACUUCAGGUGUAUGAUGAUCUGAGUGAAUUAGACACUAUUUUUAAAAAUUGAGAAGAGGGGCCGCCCUAGGGACAGGGGCCCUAGGCCCAAAAAAUGAAAAAAUAGGUCCAAUUUUAGUUCAUUAUAAUAGGUGUGACCAUGUGAGUAGGCCGAUUUCGGCCCUUAACUAAUAAUUUUUCAGAUGAAAUUGUUUGAGGUGCUUC